AUGGCCUUACGUCCCACGAAACUAGAUGCGGUCUGUGAAGAGGUUCAUGGUGAAUUUGCAUCGUGUGGACUUGCAAGUUUACAGGAGCUCUGCCAGCAGGUGAGGCUGCUGCGCGCAAAUGUACAACGCCUUGCAUCCGAACAAAUACCGUCGCUCAGUCUGGACAUAACAGCGCUUCAGGAGCCUCACCUGCACCUGCCGUUGCAUACUAAUUUUCAUGUGGGCAUGCAGGAGAAGAAACCGACACCAGGAAGUGUCAUCUUUGGUGCUGAGUCGCUCCUUUCACACUGCAAAAGGCUCACUGCGGACUGCACACGUGGGUCGCACAGGCUGCCCGAGAAGGAACGCCCCACACACAUGAUGUACGCGGUGGGUUAUACCCCUAAUUAUCCCAACAGAAAAAUGCCUUUGUACAAUUCAACCAAAUACACUGAAAGAGAAAAAAUAGAAGAAAAAAAAGAUACAACACCGUACGCUCCCAGCAACCCGUCCCACGCCGACGCCCAAAAAAGCUUUAAUCCUUCUACGGACAAAUUGAAGAUAAACCAACAAAAUAAGCCUCAUAUUGCAAAUAAUAAACAAAAAACAACACUCGAAAAAACUCAAACAGAACAAAAAACAGCGCCAUUUGGACAGGCCGCAGCAGGUGACAAACCAUCACCAUUUGGACAGGCCGCAGCAGGUGACAAACCACCACCAUUUGGACAGGCCGCAGCAGGUGACAAACCAUCACCAUUUGGACAGGCCGCAGCAGGUGACAAACCACCACCAUUUGGACAGGCCGCAGCAGGUGACAAACCACCACCAUUUGGACAGGCCGCAGCAGGUGACAAACUAUCACUAUUUGGACAGGCCGCAGCAGGUGACAAACCAGCACCAUUUGGACAGGCCGCAGCAGGUGACAAACCAUCACCAUUUGGACAGGCCGCAGCAGGUGACAAACCACCACCAUUUGGACAGGCCGCAGCAGGUGACAAACCAUCACCAUUUGGACAGGCCGCAGCAGGUGACAAACCACCACCAUUUGGACAGGCCGCAGCAGGUGACAAACCAUCACCAUUUGGACAGGCCGCAGCAGGUGACAAACCACCACCAUUUGGACAGGCCGCAGCAGGUGACAAACCACCACCAUUUGGACAGGCCGCAGCAGGUGACAAACCACCACCAUUUGGACAGGCCGCAGCAGGUGACAAACCAUCACUAUUUGGACAGGCCGCAGCAGGUGACAAACCAUCACCAUUUGGACAGGCCGCAGCAGGUGACAAACCACCACCAUUUGGACAGGCCGCAGAAGGUGACAAACCACCACCAUUUGGACAGGCCGCAGCAGGUGACAAACCAGCACCAUUUGGACAGGCCGCAGCAGGUGACAAACCAGCACCAUUUGGACAGGCCGCAGCAGCUGACAAACCAUCACUAUUUGGACAGGCCGCAGCAGGUGACAAACCACCACCAUUUGGACAGGCCGCAGCAGGUGACAAACCAGCACCAUUUGGACAGGCCGCAGCAGGUGACAAACUAUCACUAUUUGGACAGGCCGCAGCAGGUGACAAACCAUCACCAUUUGGACAGGCCGCAGCAGGUGACAAACCAUCACUAUUUGGACAGGCCGCAGCAGGUGACAAACCAUCACCAUUUGGACAGGCCGCAGCAGGUGGCAAACCAUCACCAUUUGGACAGGCCGCAGCAGGUGGCAAACCAUCACCAUUUGGACAGGCCGCAGCAGGUGACAAACCAUCACCAUUUGGACAGGCCGCAGCAGGUGGCAAACCAUCACCAUUUGGGCAGGCCGCAGCAGGUGACAAACCAUCACCAUUUGGACAGGGAACAGCGUUUGAUGCCUCUCGAAGCACUGUGUUUGCGAAUGCGCCUGGUGUUGCCCAGGUGUCGUUUGGAAAGCCAUCGACGGCUUUUGCAACCACAUCCUUUGCUGCUGGUGGUGGGUUUGGAGCACCAAGUGCUUUUGGUUCUAUGUUACAGAAUGUUCAUGCUACAUUGCCUGCUGGAAGCGCGUUGCCUCAUAUUGGAAGUGCCUUUGGUUCUCCUGGAAUGCAUUCUGGCGGUGCGUUUGGUGGAACAGGUGUAAGUGGUCCGGCAAUUGGUGGUGGCAAACCAUCUGUAUUGGAGGGAAGUGGGUUUGGUCAGGCUUUUGGUGCUUUUGGUAAUCAUGCAUCAACUGUUUUAGGAGGUUUUGGUCGGAAUGAAGGUGACGGCACCUUUGGUGCUGUGGGAGCCCAUGGGACGGGUUCCGCCACCCCAUUUUCAAAGACCAGUACCACAUUUCAAUCUUCUUCUUUUUCCAGUAUUGCGGGAAACUACAAGGCCCCUCCGCAAUUUAAGAGUGUUUUUGGUCCUCAUUGA